AUGAAGAAUAUAAAUGGAGAUAUCCAACAACCUCAUCAUGAUAUAGAUAGUAGUAGUGAAGUUGAUGGUGGAGGUGGUCAUAAAUCUAUAUCAAUAUUAGAAAGAGAUCAGAGUUAUCAACAAUUUCAAAGUGAUGACUUUAACGUUACACAUUAUACAAGCAAUGUAUUAAAGAUAUCAUCAAUACCUACAUCACUUGAGAAGUUAUCAAUUGGUAAACGUGAAAUCACUCAAGAGUUGAAUGAAAAGAUUACAUCAAAUUAUCAAGACUUGUUUAAUCAAGCUAUCAAUAUUAAAGAUUUCGAUCAAGAGAUGAAUGAAUUACAAGUUGGUCUGCAGAAUCUAGAGUCAUCGAUACAACAUAUGAAACAUGAAAUAUCCGAACCUUAUAAUAUUGUCAAUUCACAGAUCACUCAAUUGAAACGUGUUCAAGAUUCAUGUGAAUUGUUACGUGUCAUCAUUCGAUACCUACAACAAGUUAAAAAGUUAAAGACUCAUCUUCAUGAUGGUCGUGAUCUAUCAAAAGCUGCUCAAUCUAUACAUGAAAUAAAUCAAUUAAAAAAUGAAUAUGAUUUAAAAGGAAUUGAAAUAGUUGAUACACAAACAGAAUGGAUUAAUCAAUGUAGAGAACAGAUUAUUGUAACUUCAUCCAAUUUAAUCAUGCAAGGAAUGAAUUCACAAAAUCAAUCUGAGGUUGCUAGUUCAUUACAGGUGUUUUACAAUCUUGGUAUAUUGGUUGAAAAGGUGAAUCAAAUCAUAAACAAUAUCACUGAAAAGGUGACAAAAAGUAUUAAAUUAAUGUUAAAUGUAAACAAAUUGGUAAUUGAUCAACAACAACAACAACAACAACAACAUAAUCAACACCAACAACAAAAACAAUCAAUUUGGACAAAGAUUGAAAGUGUAAUGGAUACAUUGUAUACAUCUUGUAUUCAAGUUAUUCAAUUACAACGUGUAUUAUCAAAAAUUAGAGAUCCUUCAACUCAUAAAACGUUAAUGGAUAUUAUUAAAUCAUCAAAUACAAGUAUUCCAUCAACAUCAAAUGGUGGAAAUACUACUGUAUCUGGAUCCCAAGGAGAAAGUAUUAUAAAUACAUUUUGGAAAUCAAUAACAAAAGUAUUGGAAACUAAUUUAUUGGUUGCAGCCAAAUCAUCGACCAUCAUUGAAAAUACAUUUAUAUUAGAGUAUCCAAAGAUAUCAAGAUGUUUUCAUGACUUUGCAAAGAGAUUGCAAAACUAUUGUGAUAUUCAACAAGGUACGGCUGCUGCAGUUGGUAUCACCCAAGACGACCAUCACCUAUUGUUCAAGGUGAUUGGUGUGUUUGAAAAGGGGUAUCUAGAGCGAAGCAAGAGCAAGAUGAUCAAUGUGGUUGCAUCUCUAUUCCCACAAAGCGCAUCGUGGUCUGGACGUGGCACAGCACCCAUUCUACCAACAUCCAAGCAGUUGGUCGAUCUAUCCCGAACGAUUUGGUCAGAGAUUGAGGUGAUUGUAAACGACGAUACUAGUCUGCUGUGCAAGGUAACACGGGUUGUAUGUGAUAUAUUGGAUUUGUUUGCUGGCAAGAUCGAGUCAUUGGUACAGACGGGACCGGCAGCACUCGAGUUGAUCACAGGGAGUCGUCCAACACAGGCUCAGCUCAUCAACUGCAGUCUCUUUAACUGCACGUCGCAGCUGCUCAACUCGGUGCAAUCGCUCGUGUCGUCACACACCUCUUUGCCAAGAGAGGCAAUCCAGGAUAUCGACCGAUCACUCUUGCGUCUGCGUCAAAGUGCCGACUAUAUACAAUCACCACUCAUCGACAUAUUCCUCAGCGGAGUCGAGCAGAUAGCACUCAAGAUGCACGGAGAAGAUUGGAAUAUACAAGCAACACCACAGCAAAAGCAAUGUUCUGACUAUAUUGAACACCUCCAACAACACAUCACCCACUUUCACACCUUUUAUCUCUCCAAAUACCAAUCCUCCCAAUUACUUUCACAGAGCAAGAGAAUUGCAGCUCGUAUCCUAACUGUAUUCCUCAGACAUGUAUCUCUACUCCGUCCAAUGUCUGAAAAGGGGACACUUCGUCUGGCCAAUGAUCUCACUCAUUUGGAAUUCUCACUCACUGCAUUGGUACCAGAAGGAAUCAAAGAGAUUGGAGCACCUUACCAGUGGAUGAGAAAUUAUCGUCAUUUUAUGUUUAAAGAUUUUACAGCCAGCUCUGUCCAAUCUUCAUCACCAGUUGAUUUCCAUUUACUACCACUUCCAAUCAUUCCCUUAAUCUGGGAAUCAACAACUAUGUCAUUGGAUGGAUGGAUGAACAUCCACUAG